AUGGCGUCGUCCACGACUCCGCGGAGACAACACCACACGACUACACCUGCUACGCCAGCGUCUGAUGGCGGGCCGCAGGAAGCACUAGGUUCGGAGAAGAAGCGACUCAAUGGUCUCUGGCAGGAUGGCCAGUGGUGGUGUGAGUUCGUUCCCGUUUUGUCACCUAUCCCUGCGCCGAGUGCUCAUGGCAUCGACUCCACGCAUGUGUCAUCAGCCAUCAUGACUGCGAAGAAGGUUGUGUCUUGCAUAGUGGCUGUGGCCAUUUGGACUCGCAACUGCGAACCUCGCAAGAAGGCUACUCUGCGACUAGUGAGAAAGGAGGGUCCCAAUAAAGGCAAACCCUUCUGGACCUGUGCAACAUACCCAUUUUGCAAGUUCUUCUUAUGGAGAGACGAGGCCAUCAUCCGGGAAUCUGGCUUCAAAGCCGCCUCUGAUGCUGAAGGGGCGAACGACCAGUCGGUACCGCCGAGACCAAAGACGCCAACCUUCACCCAAAGACCCCUGGAAUCUUAUGGCAUUCAAGCCACGCCAUCGCGGCAAACUGGAACUGGGAGUGACCUAAAGGGGGUGUCUGAAGCUGUUGGCACAAGCUUCACCAGUACCCAGACCGUGAGGGAAACACAGUCAUCAAGCUCAGUGCCAAGCCCUUCUAAGAGGAAGAGAAAUGACAAGGACACCUGGGAUCAAGAUGAUUUUAGCGAUCUCGAUUCAGACGAGGAGCGUCAAUUGGCCGAGAUUGUCGAUAAAAGCGCUGAAAAACUCACUCCGCGGCGCGCGGUGGGAGACAUAUUCACCACACCUGUCACGGAUCGUCGUACAGCUGACAUCGUUGGCGGUUUACCAACGCCAUCAGUAUGCAGGACCUUGUUCCCUCCGUCUGAAGCAAAGCGUUCCAAGACGGUAUCAUUCGACGAGCCGUCAUCAUCCGAAACUCCGGCAACACCGGCUAAGACACCGACCUCACGGCCCACAACAGUCAAUCCUGACGGCCCGUCAAGCAGUCCAGCAGGAGCAGAUGCCCAAAAUGUAGCAGAUGAAGUAAUGGAGCUACUUGGGGAUCAAAAGAUUGAUCCAGGCGUGCUUCGAUCAGUACACGAGCUCCUGCUUAAGGCUGCCAGGCAAACCAAGGGCAUUUCUCUGGGCAGGGACUCGGCACGAGCAGCGCUGAAGGAAAAGGAUAAGAAAAUUGCCCGACUACAGGACAAGAUACGAGACUUGGAAGUCCAACACAAAUAUGAUGCCAGGGAGAUUACGGACAUGAAAGCGGAGAUGAUGCGAAUUUACGAAUCCCACUAA